AUGGAAGACGAUGAUCCAGGAAGUGGCGAUUCAUGUUGUGGAGCAUCAAAGACAGUGAGAGUAAAUAGUGGAGAAACUGCAGCUUUCCAUUGUGAAUAUUCAAAGGAUCAAAGGUAUUUUAGAAAGAUUAUAUUCAAAACUGAAAAUGACAUCAUUGAUGAGGUGAUCUCCACUACUGACAAAUUGUAUCAGAAAGAAAGAUUGAGCAUCUAUGAUAACAGACAAAACCUCUUCAGUGUGAAAAUCACUGCUGUGACACCAGAUGAUGGAGGAGUUUAUUUAUGUGGAGUUUGGAUCAACAGACACUCGUACAGUUACUCCAUUAUUAAUACUGUUCAUCUACAUAUUAUUAGUAAGUAUAAAGUGGGCACGUCUAGUGUGAGCAGCUACUCAGGAGGUGGUCUGGUGAUCAAGUGUGAACAUCCUCAAUACAAAACCAAACCAAAAUACAUCUGUAAAGAAUCAGACGGAUGUUCAGAGAGGAAGAAUCCAGGAGUUCAGGAUGAAUGGAUGGAGAAUGGAGAUGUUUCUUUAUAUGACGACACCAGAGCAGGAGUCUUGAUGGUGUUUUUUAGAGAGCUGAAAGCUGCAGAUGCAGGAACAUACAGGUGUGGAGUGAAAGAAUCUGACUAUACUGAGAGCUUCACUGAACUACAGCUGAGCGUCAAACACGAUGCAAAAUAUCCAAACAGCAUGACUGAAUCUGUGUAUCUUGGUGGAGAAGUCAACAUCUCCUGUCAGAUCCCAGAGAAACAUAAAGUUCAUUUCUGUAAAGAGGAUAAUAAUCACAUCUGCCAGAACAUCAGCUCAUCUAAAGUGACAGAAAUGAGUGGUUCAUCAGAGAGAAAUGAAGAGAGAGUUGUUACAGUGAGCAUCAGUAAUGUGAGUGUGAGAGAUGCUGGAGUUUACUGGUGUGGAGCAGAAACCAGAGACACAUAUCUGACUUUCAUCUCCCUGACCACUAAAAUACAGCUCAACCUCAUCAGUGAGUCCAUUCAGAUGAUUUCACUGUAA